AUGGCAGCAGGGGGCGCCUGGAUGCUGGCGCUCUUUGUCCUGUGGAACUCCCGUCCACCGGGCACCGCUCGGGCCCAAGACAUGGACGAAGGGCAGGUCUCGGCCCCGCCGGAGCUGCUGGCUAUGGUGCCAGCUGCCGCGGAGGCCAUCGUAGCGGCCGGUUACACCAGCGGGCACCACGAAGGUGCCAACACCACGCCUCCACCUCCGGUGGCCACUGUUGUGGUCAGCAAUAUCCCAGACGUUAGUGGUGGCAGCAGCAACGUUCCGGUGUUGCCUUCGGCAUUGGUGCCGGAGGCUGCGGAGGCCAUUGUGGCGGCCGGUUACACCACUGGGCACCAGGAAGAUACCAACACCACACCUCCAGUGGACACUGUGGUGGUCAGCAGCGUCCCAGAGGUCAGCGGUGGCGGCAGCAGUGUUCCGGAGCUGCUGGCUAUGGUGCCGGCGGCCGCGGAAGCCAUCGUGGAGGCUGGUUACACAGGCGGGCACCACGAAGUUGUCAACACUAUGCCUCCGCCUCCAGUGGCCACUGUGGUGGUCAGCAACGUCCCAGAGGUCAGCGGUGGCGGCAGCGGUAGUGUCCCGGUGCUGCCUGCGGCCUCCAACACAGCCAAGGAGACUUUCCUGAUUGUGGGUGACACCCGCUACGCCUGGCAGGAGUGGAGCCCCUGGCACUGCAACUGCCCGGCCGGGAGCAUGUCCCGGGUGCGGGACAUCACCUACUCCGCCCCCGGCCUGCGCCUGGACCCCCUCCAGUACAACAUCCUGCGCUUCGAGCGGGAGAAAUGCACCUACGCCACCUGCGACUGCGACCGGGCCCAGGGCCAGUGCGACCGGAAGCAGGUGCCCUGCGAGUGGGGGGCCACCCACCUCUGCGCCCUGCAGGAUAUCGAGUACGACCAGCUCCACCGCAAGGAGCGCUUCUGGGCCCUCGUCCACAAGAAGCUCAAGAAGCUCUUGAAGGCCAUCAAGGAGGUCGCCGCCAACGAUCAGGCAAUGGAAUCUUCUCACCGGAGAGCCAGGCACUGAGCCUCCAGCAU